GCAAUCAGAGCAAUGGCAGACAGAGAGAGGGGGCUGACUCCAGAUCAGCCGUACGCUAACAUCUAGUGUAGACAACUAGCUGAAUAAACAACAGUGGAACGAACGCCCCGAACAGGCAGGAAUGGGGACUUCACGGGCCCUGAUGGCAAACAGAAAGGAAUGUGCGCUUUAUCUCAAAUGUAGAAAGAACACUACGUUCGACGGCCAGUAUUAAACAAGGCGACGCGUAUUUUUCGGUUCGUCGGAUCAUUCAAGAUACAUUCUGUUUCCUAUUUUUGUAUGUGUGUGUUUCUGUGACGGUGUUGUCAGUCUUCUCAACCGACUGCUGACGUUCGUUCGCAAUCCCACUUUUGUCCCAUUUUCGAUUUAUUACGGGCCGUAUGUUCAGUAAAAGAACCUUCGAGGAAAUCCUUCAUUUCAUCCGAAGGAAACUCUAACGGCAGCUGAGGGUGGUUGCUCAAGCCUGUGAUGGAUCGGUGAUCUCUGUGGUGAUCUUCCUCAUCUUCCUCCUCCUCUCUCUCACUGCCACUGCCUGCUGCGAGUGGAGCGUACCGGACGGGCGCCUGCGUCUCCCCUGCUCCCCUGGGGUCAGAGGUCAUAGGUCGCACCAGCACCGGCAGCGGCAGCCAUGAAGAGUGAGGUCCCAGCCGACGCGGCGGCGCAGCGAAAGCCAGAGCACCUGAAGGGCCCGCUGGCCCCUCCGCCACCAGAGCCGAUGGACACGGGCAAGAGCUUCCCGCCAGACGUGGACGUGCUGGGCAAGGGCAAGGCCGGCAGCGAGUUCUCUCCGCUUUGUGCCGUGCCGCCGCCCGGCCCCGGCUCACCACGGCGCUCACCACCCGAGCCCUCUGGAGGCGGAAGGAACCCUCCCGGCCGCAAGAAAGCGCCAGAGACCAGCAACGCGGGGGCCCUCGGACUGCUCGGCCCUCAAAACCAGCUUCAGCGCCCCAGCUGCCCCCCCGCGUGCCCCCUCCCCGCCCGGCCCGCUCUGAGCGAGGCGCCAGCGGGGCAGCGCCACCAGGUCUUCGCUGGCGACUCUGCCAGUCCCUUUUCGUCCAGCCUGCGCUUGGCAAGCUUCCGGACCGCAGCAGGCCGAGGGGCCGGGCCAGCGGCGGGGAGGGGUAGCUCAAGGCGUCCGUCGUGGGGGGUCGCCCUACCGCGGCUCUGCCACCACCCGCGCUCCCAGCCGCCGCCCACGCAGCCAAUAGCACGGACUCGCGCCAGCCGGAGGUGGACCCGCCUGGAGCCGGAGGCGGUGCUUCUGAAGCGGCAGUGCCUGAGCGCUCGGAAGCCGCACGGCCACAGGAAGCGUCUGGUCAAGGCGUCGUCGGGAGGGAGUCCCCGGACGAGCAAGCAGAAGGAGCGGCUCCUGCUGCAGCGGAAGAAGCAGCGCGAGUCCUUCAAGCGCAGGAAGUACGCGCUGCUCCAGAGCUCCUCGUCGUCCAGCGGCGAGCUCAGCACCGACUCCUCGCCCUCGUCCAGCGAAACGGGCGGCAAUGACGGCGUCUACCUGGGCGUCAGCGGCAGCCAUGAAACGGCGCCCGCCAACGCCAGCACAGGUGUGCUGGACGAGGAUGUGGUGGUGAUCGAGGCCACGCCUGCUCCACCUGUCCCCGCCAGUGAGGAGAUCAACGUCACGUCCACUGACAGCGAGGUCGAGAUCGUCACUGUGGACGGCUUCAGGCCGCGUCAUGGUCGGAUGCUGUGGGGCCCCAGCUGUUCUCAGAGUCGGGGUCCAGAGGGACGAAAUCGCCACCGGCUGUCCACAGUCAUCCAGCCACUCCGACAGAGCCAGGGAGAGGUGGUGGACCUCACAGUGGACGAGGACGACAUCUCAGUGGUGGCCACCACCUCCGAGGGCUUGCACACUCAGGCGGUCAGCUCCUCGUCCUCGUCCUCGUUCUCCUCGUCCCUGCGCGCCUCUACCUCAGGGCCCCAGCCGGAGGCCCCGGGCCCCUCCGGCUCCUGCCCCAGCGCCCCUGACAGCACGCUGGGGCCCCCCGCCCACGCCGGCCCCCCCUCCUCCAGCAGCACUACUGCCACUGAGGAUGACAGCAGAAGAGGUUCAUCCAGCCUAUCAGGAGAAAGUGGGGGUGUGGCCAUGCCCCGUCUGCCCUCCUGCUGCCCCCAGCACUCGCCCUGCGGAGGCCCCUCGCCAGGUCACAUGACCUUAGGCCACGCCCACUCGGGCUGCAUGCAGGCGGGGGCGUCCCAGCAGGGCGCGGGGGCUUCACAGCAUGGGCAUGGGCACAGCCACGCGGCGCCACACUCGCACCACUUCCACCACCACCACCACCACGUGGGGCCCCCACCCCCACUGGGCUUCGGAGAGCCGGCCUGCCCGCUGGAGCGACCGCAACCCCAGCACCCCGCGCCCUGCACGGGGGUGAGCAGCACCACCGCCGGGGCCAGCCAGUACCAUGACCAGACUCUGCCAGUUGAUCUCAGCAGUAGCAGUGCGGUGCGCGGAGGUGGUGCUGGAUCUGGUUUCCAUGGCACUGCCUUGACCCCUGCUGCCCUGCCUCCAUCGCCGCGACUCCCUCGCUGCUCGUCGCGAGUCUCCUGAGCGCUGAGCCAGGCGGGCGGGGCAGCAGAACCCUUCAGUCCGGCGCUGGUGGCCCAGACGCAGAGCCAGCCGCAACUCUCCUCCUGCCGCCACUACGUACACCCCUCCUGUGACGGUCUGCGUCGUUCGCUGCACUGGUCCUCCUCGGCCUGCCCCCAUGCCUUGUGCCAACACCUCCCUCCCCGCGCCCCAAAGUGACUCACGUCAUCCCCACCGGUCCACGUUCCCCGCACCCCUCCUCUGCCACCAUGCCCCUCCCCGGCCCUUGGCCAGGCGCCCCUGGCACAGCACCUCCCGGCGGUGCCCGGGCCUGAGCAUGGCGCGCUGCCCCACCACCUGCCCCCCCUGGGCCCGCAGGUGCAGCGACUCCACCAGCACGACAUGCUCAGGAUGGAGGCCCAGCGCAGGCGCAUGAUGCAGCACCCAACGCGAGCUCAUGAGCGCCCCCCUCCUCACCCCCACAGAAUGCACCCCAACUACGGCCACGGCCACCACAUCCACGUCCCCCAGACCAUGUCCUCCCAUCCACGCCAGCCUGACCAGAGAACCACAUGGGAGCUGGGCAUCGAGACGGGAGUGACUGUAGCUCCAUACCCUUCAGGGCACCUGCACACACACAUGCCCCACUACCACCAUGCGCCACCCAGGCUACACCACUUCCCUAUGCCUUUCAUGCACGCGGGGAUGUCGGAGAUGCCCUACCCCCACAUCCGUUACAUCUCCUCCAGGAUGACUGGAUUCGGACGCACCUACGAGGAUCUCCUGCGCAUUGAGGACAGGCUGAGCACAGUAAACAGAGGAGCGUCCCAGGGAACUAUAGAGAGGUGCACUUAUCCUCACAAGUACAAGAAGAAGGUGGGGAAGACAGACAUUGAGGAACAGUUAUCCCCCAAGACACGCUCAUCUAUUGGGGAAAAUAUGCAAGCAACCACAGCCUCGAGGAAGCUGCAUGGGAAGCAGGAUGAGGACGAGGGAGCCGAGGAAGACACCGAGGAGAAGUGCACCAUCUGCCUGUCCAUACUGGAGGAAGGAGAGGACGUCAGGCGUCUGCCGUGUAUGCAUCUGUUCCAUCAGCUAUGUGUGGACCAGUGGCUCCUGACCAAUAAGAAGUGCCCCAUAUGCAGAGUGGACAUCGAGGCCCAGCUAUCCUCCGAAAGUUGAUGCUGUUCCUCCAGCGUUCCUUCGUUGAGGAACUCCUACACUCCCUACCCUUCUGUUUAGCUUUUCUUUUCACUCUCUCUGUCUCUCUGUCUCUCUCUCUCUCUCUCUCUCUCUCUCUCUCUCUCUCUCUCUCUCUCUCUCCGUUUUGUCUCUUUCUUCUCGAGUAACGCAUUCAACCAAAGAUGGCAUCACUCCCCGCACCCCCCAGCGCCAACCGUUAUGUCACGUCCGUCGUCACGUCACGAAGGGGGGAGGAGAGAGGAUGAACUUCAGCCAGUCGGAAGAAAGGAGAGAAUGAACUUUAACCAACCAGAAGAGAGGAAAGGAGAGGUGUCCCGCCCCCAGCCCCGACUCAAGCGUCCUGCCCGCUCGGCUAGAAACCACGUCUCCAUUGUGGAUUGUGAAUUUGUUGUAUUUAUGAAGCUUUUUAUUUUAUUUUAUUUUUCCAUCUCUUUUUGUUUUUGUUUAUUGCAUGGUUCCUUGCGAUGCAUUUCUUUGCACAUAUAAUGAACUAGGCUGGCGCCCAGCCCAUGAACUGCCAGGCAAGGAGAGCCGCUCCCGCAGAGCAACAUUUUUAUAACGUUAUACCUAAUGCCUUGCUUUACUGGACACGAAUGUCGACCUCCGUUUCUGAUGAAAACAUGCAUUGCAGGACUCACUCUCCGUAUCAGUAUAUCGAUUAGUUUACAUUUUAGAUGAUGUGAUCUGUUAGAGUUUUUUGGUUUUUUUUUCCCCCUCGAGUGAUUCCUGACAUUCCUUUAUGGGGAAAAACAAAAAAAGAGAUAUCAUGUUAGCGAGAUUGGCUGCUGCCGUAGUGAGCACAACCUCACCAUCAAGUCACUUCCCCUUACAAGUAAUGGACAUACCAACCCCCCCCCCCCCACACACACACACACACACAUCACACUCUAUCACCCAACCACCCGCUCACUCACACACACACACACACACACACACUCCCCAAUGUGUCCCACCAGUCCAAGCCCUUCUCUCAUGGAUUUAACGUGUCACUUAACACAAUUCUUUAAUCAAAUGUAUUUUUGAGGAAAAGAACUGUAUGAAUGUCACCUUUCUGUGUUAGACUGUUCCUCUAUUUUUAAUAGCAAAAGGACUGAUGCCCUGAUGAGAGUGGUGUGUGUGUGUGUGUGCGUGUGUGUGUGCGCGUAUGCACCCUUGAGGCCAGCCACCGCCCCACCUCGCACCCCGUCCUCCAUGCCUGAAUAAGAGGUCACGGGGUCGUGCUGAGUGGUUCCCACUGGAACAGCAUCACAUGGACACAGACUGAUCUGAUGUCACAUGAGCGUUGAGCUCAGCCCAGCGAGAAGA